UCCUCUCCUUCCCCUCCCCCAUCCUCUCUCCCCACUUCUAUAUUUCCUUGGGUCCACCCUCCCCUUCACCUCCCCUCAGAAAAGAUCAGGCCUUCCCAGGACAUCAUCUAAAUAUGGAGUAAGAAGCUACAAUAUUCUCACAUCGAGGCUGGAGAGGCAACCCAGUAGGAGGAAGGGUUCCAAAGGCAGGCAAAGAGUCAGAGACAGCCCCUGCUCCCCCCAUUAGGGACACCAAGAUACACAACCAUUAUCAUGUAUAAACCUAGGUCAGACCCCACAGGGUCUCUGAUCUCCGUGAGCACACUUGAGUCUCAAUCAGUCAAUUCUGUGGGCCAUGACCUUGUGCAAAGCCUCCUCAGUCGCUAGCACACAUGUGGCAUGUACACACAUACAAGUUCCAGCAUGGAUUUGGAAAGGGCCUCCUGAGGCCCCACCCGCAGCUGAGGAGCUGUGAUUAGCAGUUGGGGCAGGAGCGUGAGCACUGGUGGGUCCCCACGGGCUGUGGUUACUCCCUGGCAGGCCCACACGCCAGUGGGAGAACUCACCCACACUGCUACAUGUCUGCGACAGUGAGUGGACUCUGGAGCUUAAAAAUAAAUAUAAAAUAAGGACAUAAAGUUGGGGAAAAGAUGUGAUGGGCAGGGUGGGAAUAACUGGGGAGGAAGAGCGGGGGUGGUUGUGAACAAGAUCAUUGUAUACAUAUAUGAAUUUUUCAGAGAACAUGACUGCCUAAACACGAGCUGAACAAAGAAAACACCAGCAGAAAUGCGAACAUGAAUAAGAGAAAAAGCAUGAGACCUCGGCCAUUCACAUAGAACGAAAGUAAGGAAUGCUGAGGGAAUGAGAAGGAGACUUUCCCAGUGAAGGCCGCCCUAACUGGUCAUCCAAUACCAAACGGCUAUCCCCCAAAACACACAUAUAUGUGAGUAGCAUUAAAUAGGCUGAGAAGGUUUGUAUGUACUUAUUUAUGUAUUUAGGAAUAUAUAUGUAUACACAUAUAUGUGUAUAACAACAAUUAAUGAAUUUGCAAGAGAGCAAGGAGAAGUUUAUGGGAGGGCUGAAGGAAGUGAAUGUGGUGUGAUUAAAUCAUAAUCUCAAACAAUAAGAGGUAAUUUUUUGAAGCUAUAUGUUAACAACAUUAUGAAGGAAUUAAUAAGUGAAUAGUAUAGUUAUUGUUCCUAGACCUAAUAAAUAAAAGUUUCUAGGAAAAAAUAUUAACAACAAGGUAUUGGGUUGUGCACAAUGCUGUUUGCGGUUAUGGUGAAAAAGUAUUUCUCUCUCUCCGUGUGUGUGUGUGUGCGUGUGUGUGUGUACUCAGGACUUUCUAUUAUGACUUUCUACCUCGUCACUAGGCAGGUCCAUGCCCCCACGAAAACAACUCCCAGAGAACUUGGUAAAUAGCGUUAACUAACUUUCCUAGGAGGAGCUGGAAACAGACCUAGAAUCAUGGUGCGAUCAGAAGCCACGGCCCCCUCCCAGCUGCCCGGACGUCACGUUACCAACCAGCGCCGCUGCUGGGCAUCUGCCUAUUCGUAUUCCGCUGCGAACCACAUGUGCUCCAAAGCUGCCGGACUUUAACCAGUGUUUUACCCGAACUGCUUCAGCAUGGCCACAGACUCUGACAAUACCUUUCCCUGGCGUUUCUUUCCUGAGACAUCACCAAGGUAAUCUUGUUUCUUUUUAAAGUUGACUGAAUAAACGUAUAAGUACUAGGUAGACUGAGUUGUUUCUUGCUGCAACAAAAUCCCCAGCCUAAGCAAACUGCAAAUGAAGGCAGUCAACUCUUGCUUGCCCUUCCAGGGCAUCGCUCCACCAAGACGGAGAUGUCACAGCAGCAGGCGCAGAGAACCACUGCCAGUCGGGGAGGCAUGAAGCAGGGUAGAGAGUCUCAGGCCCUCACUCAGGGAGCGGAGUGAACACAAACAGGGACUCAGGAGCACGCAUGGGUACACACAUCCCCGUGCCCCCAAAGCACACACGCCAGUGUGACCCACUCCUAAGGAGCACAUUCGUACACACCCCCCACAUCGUCCAAGAGCAUUACGUCACUACUGUGAAACCAUCUUAGGGUGCAAAGAAAAAAAACAAGGGUGGUGCUAGUGUAAGAUUAAACGGUGGCGGGCAGACAUCUUCGCACCACCAGGGUCUGAGUGCGCGUGCAUGCCCGUGUGUGCGCGUAAGGUUAUGGCUCUGGCAGAGUCUUUUAUAAAUAUUCUUAUCAGCAAUGCAUAUUGAAAUCACUUCCUUUAUUCCCUUAUUUUUCAUUGAUUCGCUGUUUCCUCAUUUGGGGGCUUGCCAACCGACUCCAUUUUGAUUCUGACAAGCUUCAGAGUCUUGCAAAUCAAAGAACCUCCAGCCAGCAGAAAAGCGUGUGCUGGAAGGCCUGUGUUUCAGAAUCCCCAGGGAGAUCACAGGAGUCAGGCAAAGCACGGGGAAGCAGCCGAAGGGGGCACAGCUCUGCGCUUUGCAGUCCCCUCGGGCCUCGGCGCUGGUCUGCUGGAAAGGAGAUCUGGUGCUGUGCUGGGAUCUACCGACAACCGGAGAGCUGAAAUGUCUCAAGACAUCCCCAAAUUCAGAGGAUGCCCGCCCCAAGCACUUGAGAAAGGAAGCAGGAAAAGGACAAGUUGCAACAGCCACUGCACUUCCUUCAUGCCUCCGUCUGGGGACCAGCAGAAAGCAGCUUGCCUGGGAGAAGAGCCCUGGCAGAGGGAGACGCUUGCCUCAGCCCAGACGCACACAGAGGGCGCUCAGUCUGUACGUGUGGCUUUGCACUUCCUCAGAAAGGGAUAGCUUUCCCCAGCUUUUCUGCAGAAGGAUUUAUCGGGGGGGGGGGUACCAUGGGCUCUGUGAAUUCCAGAGGUCACAAGGCAGAAGCACAGGUGGUCAUGAUGGGCCUCGACUCCGCCGGCAAGACCACCAUCCUGUACAAACUGAAAGGAAACCCACUGGUGGAGACCCUACCCACUGUUGGUUUCAAUGUAGAGCCUCUUGAGGUUCCUGGACAUGUGCCACUGAUUCUCUGGGACAUUGGGGGACAAACCCAGCUCAGGGCUACCUGGAAGAACUACCUGGAAGGCACGGACAUCCUCGUGUAUGUGCUAGACAGCACAGAUGAAGCCCGCUUGCCUGAGGCAGUGGCUGAGCUCACAGAAGUCUUGGAAGACCCCAACAUGGCCAGCAUCCCUUUCCUGGUACUGGCCAACAAGCAGGAGGUGCCCAAUGCUCUACCGUUGCUUGAAAUCAGAAAUAGGCUGGGCCUGGAGAGGUUCCAAGACCGUUCCUGGGAGCUCCACGCCUGCAGUGCUCUCACGGGCCAGGGGCUGCAGGAAGCCCUACAGAGCUUGUUGCACUUGCCGCGAUCCUGCUGAAAUGCAGGAUCUGUGACUGCGGGCAGGAGCAGGCAGAAAGGCUUACCCCUGCUGCUAUGAACAGCAAGAGCCAACCGAUCCUCGGGAAAGUGAAGCUCAAGUUACCACACUAGAAAUCAUUCUUCUCUUGGACAGAAUAUUUUCUUCUCAGGACUUAUGGCAGUUAUGCUGAAAACCAACUGUUCUUCAAGGGAAUAUAAUUAUCCUCAAAUAUACUUCAUGUAGCAAGGCCAUACCAAGCAACAACGUAACAAAGUUGGUGACAUAAUAAUUGAGAAUCAAAUGUACAAACUAAAAGAGGUUUUAAAACUGUAUCUGAGGGUCACCUGGACCUACUGCUGUCACCAGGAGCGAUUCUCCUGCUGGCUUUUGGACAGGAGCCAGUAUCACUCUCACAGUAUCUGAGCUGGCAGCAGAGAGGGGCUGGUCUGCUCCCACAAUGUUACAGAAGUCCACAGGGCCCUGGAGCCUUCUAGAAUUUAUCCUGCUCUCCAAUUCUGUCCAACUCUUCCCUGCCCUACAUCCAUCUCAUGUUGUAAAGAUAAAUAAAUAAGCUAGCACUCCAAGUGGUAGUUUGUCUUUUGUAGCAUACAUCUUUUCUUAAAGAUUAGAAAACCAUGCCUGGAAGAUGGCUUAGCAGGUAAUGCAGAUGGCUGCUGAGUCUAAAGACCUGGGUCUGAUCCCCAGAGGGAACUGAUUCCUGCAAAUUGUCCUUUACCUCCACAAUGUGCUGUGGUAUACAUGUUGCGUGUGUGUGUGUGUGUGUGUGUGUGUGUGUGUGUGUGUGUGAGAGAGAGAGAGAGAG